UUCUCAUUCAUUUCACACAGAAGUUCCAACAAAAACUGAAACAUAAUCUAAACCGAUAUAUAUAUAUCUAUCUUCUUCGACAGCAACUGUAAAUAUCCGCAACGCAAAAAGUUCAUACUCAAUUUUUGAGUCGCUUCAAGGUACUAUCUAACAGACAAAGCAAGUAUGAAUCCAGACAAGUUCACUCACAAGACCAAUGAGGUUAUAGCUGCAGCUCAUGAACUGGCAAUGAGUGCGAGCCAUGCCCAGUUCACACCACUCCAUCUUGCUGUGGCGUUGAUCAAUGAUUUAAGCGGCAUUUUUAGCCAAGCUAUUGCCAAUGCCAGUGGUAAUGAAGGUGCUCCAAAGUCUGUGGAGAGAGUCUUUAAUCAGGCAAUGAAGAAACUCCCAUCUCAGAGUCCUCCCCCAGAAGAUAUACCAGCUAGUACAUCUCUUAUCAAAGCAAUUCGGAGAGCACAGGCGGCUCAGAAAUCACGCGGGGACACUCAUUUAGCCGUCGAUCAGUUGAUUCUAGGCCUUUUGGAGGAUUCCCAAAUCGGAGAUUUGUUUAAAGAAGCUGGUGUUGCUACUGCGCGAGUGAAAUCCGAGGUUGAAAAGCUUCGCGGGAAAGAUGGAAAGAAAGUGGAAAGUGCUUCUGGAGAUACUAAUUUCCAGGCAUUAAAGACUUAUGGAAGGGACCUUGUAGAGCAGGCAGGAAAGCUUGAUCCUGUCAUUGGCCGUGACGAGGAAAUCCGGAGAGUUGUUCGGAUUCUUUCGAGGAGAACUAAAAACAACCCAGUUCUUAUUGGAGAGCCCGGAGUUGGUAAAACUGCCGUGGUUGAAGGAUUAGCGCAGAGAAUAGUGAGAGGCGAUGUCCCAAGUAAUCUUGCUGAUGUGAGGCUCAUAGCAUUGGAUAUGGGAGCUCUGGUCGCUGGGGCUAAGUAUAGAGGAGAGUUUGAGGAGAGGCUUAAAGCUGUAUUGAAAGAAGUUGAAGAGGCUGAAGGGAAGGUUAUUCUCUUCAUUGAUGAGAUACACCUAGUUCUUGGUGCUGGCAGGACAGAAGGGUCCAUGGAUGCCGCUAAUCUCUUUAAACCAAUGUUAGCUAGAGGUCAGCUUCGGUGCAUUGGGGCAACUACUCUCGAGGAGUACAGAAAGUACGUAGAAAAAGAUGCUGCCUUUGAAAGAAGGUUCCAACAGGUUUAUGUGGCCGAGCCUAGUGUUCCAGAUACAAUUAGCAUUCUACGAGGUCUGAAAGAAAGAUACGAAGGCCAUCAUGGUGUUAGGAUCCAGGACAGGGCUCUUGUUGUUGCAGCUCAGCUAUCAAGCCGAUAUAUCACAGGCCGACAUCUUCCUGACAAGGCCAUUGAUCUUGUUGAUGAGGCUUGUGCUAAUGUCAGAGUCCAGCUUGAUAGCCAGCCUGAAGAGAUUGAUAACCUUGAAAGAAAGAGAAUGCAGCUUGAAGUUGAGCUCCAUGCACUCGAGAAAGAGAAGGACAAGGCUAGCAAAGCUCGUCUAGUUGAAGUGCGGAAAGAGCUUGACGACUUAAGAGACAAGCUCCAGCCACUGAUGAUGAAGUACAGAAAGGAGAAAGAAAGGAUUGAUGAGAUUAGACGUCUCAAGCAGAAACGUGAGGAGCUUCUCAUUGCUUUACAAGAGGCUGAAAGAAGAUAUGAUUUGGCCAGAGCUGCUGACUUGCGAUAUGGGGCAAUUCAAGAGGUGGAAUCUGCCAUAGCACAGCUUGAGGGGAGCACUGAUGACAACCUAAUGCUAACAGAAACUGUUGGACCCGAUCAAAUUGCCGAGGUUGUGAGCCGUUGGACAGGAAUCCCCGUUACAAGGCUCGGCCAAGAUGACAAGAACAGGUUGAUUGGGCUCGCUGAUAGGCUGCACAAGAGAGUAGUGGGACAAAACCAAGCAGUUGCUGCUGUUGCUGAGGCUGUGCUGCGGUCGAGGGCUGGCCUAGGACGUCCUCAACAGCCAACUGGAUCGUUCCUCUUCUUGGGUCCAACUGGUGUUGGUAAAACCGAGCUUGCCAAGGCUCUUGCUGAGCAACUUUUUGAUGAUGAAAACUUACUGGUGAGAAUAGACAUGUCUGAGUAUAUGGAGCAGCACUCUGUUUCUCGCUUGAUUGGUGCUCCACCUGGGUAUGUUGGACAUGAUGAAGGUGGGCAACUCACUGAGGCUGUGAGGAGGAGGCCUUAUAGUGUUGUGCUGUUUGAUGAAGUGGAGAAAGCACACGUAUCUGUGUUCAACACCCUUCUUCAAGUUCUGGACGAUGGAAGAUUAACCGACGGCCAAGGCCGUACUGUGGACUUUAGGAACACUGUCAUUAUCAUGACCUCGAACCUUGGAGCUGAGCAUCUCCUUUCUGGGUUGAUGGGCAAAUGCUCAAUGCAAGUUGCUCGUGACCGAGUCAUGCAAGAGGUGAGGAAGCACUUCCGUCCAGAGCUGCUGAAUAGGCUCGACGAAGUUGUAGUGUUUGAUCCUCUCUCCCACGAACAGCUGAGGAAGGUUGCGAGGCUACAAAUGAAGGAUGUAGCAGGCAGACUAGCUGAGAGAGGAAUUGCCUUGGGCGUGACUGAUGCAGCAUUGGACUGUGUCUUGGCAGAGAGUUAUGACCCUGUUUAUGGUGCCAGACCAAUCAGGAGAUGGCUUGAGAAGAAGGUGGUGACAGAGCUAUCAAGAAUGCUUGUGAGGGAAGAGAUUGACGAGAACUCUACUGUGUUUAUAGACGCAGGGCUAAGUGGGUCCGAGUUGGCUUACCGAGUUGAGAAGAAUGGAGGUCUGGUCAACGCAGCCACUGGUCAAAAGUCGGAUGUUCUCAUUCAACUACCCAAUGGAGUAAAGAAUGAUGCUGCAGCCCAGGCCGUGAAGAAGAUGAAGAUAGAGGAAAUUAUUGAUGAUGAAGAGAUGAUUGAGUAAAAAAAGAAAAAAAAUUGGUGCUGAAGAUUAUUAAUGUUUAUAUUUUGAAUGGUUUUCAGUGUUUUGAAAUUUCUACUUUUAAAAGCUGAAAGGUGAAAGAUGGGGAACUCUAGGGUCAGGACUCAUUCCCCUUUGUGUAUUUGGCUUUCAUUUUUAUUAUUUUGUUGCAUUUUUGUUUGGUUGUUAUUUGUAAUACUAAGAAUGAACGAGUAUCGAGUUUUUUCACUGAGCUGAAAUGAGAAAUAUCUUUGGUGUUCUGUGAA